UGUUCAGAAAAAAAAGGACCUUUAGUUAAAUUAAAUAUGGAAGAUUAUAAAUUUCUCUUUAAAGUAGUAUUGAUAGGAAAUGCUGGAGUAGGAAAGACCUGUUUAGUGCGUCGUUUCACACAGGGUCUUUUUCCACCAGGACAAGGGGCUACGAUUGGUGUUGAUUUUCUUAUAAAGACAGUACAAGUAGAUGGAGAGAAAGUUAAGCUCCAGAUCUGGGAUACGGCUGGUCAAGAAAGGUUCCGUUCCAUCACACAAAGCUAUUAUAGAAGUGCUCAUGCUUUGGUGUUAGUUUAUGACAUCUCAUCACAACCAUCAUUUGAUUGUCUACCAAUGUGGCUAAGGGAAAUGGAGCAGUAUGCAAACCCUAAAGUUUUUAGGGCUUUAGUAGGCUUCUCAGAAGGCCACUUUGGGAUCAUCUGCCUCAGUUGGUCCAUUGAGUGUGUGAUGUUUUGGGUCUUUCCCCAGUUGUUUGAGCCUGCACCUUUGUUGAUGGAACCUCUCCCUCCAUCCAUUGAUAUUGCGGUUCAUGCAGGGCAGUUUACUGCUCAGUUACGUGAAGGGACAGCUAUGUCUUGGCACCCAUGGUUGUUGGAACUAUGUGAUUUAGCCUGCCACCACCAUUUGGUUGCAUAUUCAGACCCUCAAAGAAUACAUCUGCUCCUGGAAAUUUUGGGUUCUAGAACAGAUUCUGUAGUCAACCUGAACAGAUCACAACUUUUAGGAUUCAUCUCCCCCGAUGUUUGGUGCUAA